AUAGGCGGGGGGAGGAGGAGGAGCGAACCGGGCUUGGGGGGCGGCUGCACAGUCUCCGGGAUCCCCAGGCCUGGAGGGGGGUCUGCGCGCGGCCGGCUGGCUUUGCCCCCCUGCCCGGUCCCGAGCGGGCCUCCCUCGGGCCAGCCCGAUGUGACCGGGCCCAGCAGAGCCUGAGCAAGGAGCGGGUCCGUCGCGGAGCCGGAGGGCGGGAGGAACAUGACAUCGCGGAGAUCUUGGUGACUUUUGGAAUCCAUGAAGGAAAUCUUGUUGGGAGCUAGAGAGGAAUCCUCUGAAGUGGAUGGCAUUCAUGGUGGACUUCGUUAUUUAUGGUUUCACCCAAACAUCACUGGCGUGGAGGCAGAAAACCUGCUGUUGACAAGAGGAGUUGAUGGCAGUUUUUUGGCGAGGCCCAGUAAAAGCAACCCUGGAGACUUCACCCUUUCCGUCAGAAGAAAUGGCGCUGUCACCCACAUCAAGAUUCAGAACACUGGUGAUUACUAUGACUUGUACGGAGGGGAGAAGUUUGCCACUUUGGCUGAGUUGGUCCAGUAUUACAUGGAACAUCAUGGGCAAUUAAAAGAGAAGAAUGGAGAUGUUAUUGAGCUUAAAUAUCCUCUGAACUGUGCAGAUCCUACCUCUGAAAGGUGGUUUCAUGGACACCUCUCUGGGAAAGAAGCAGAGAAAUUACUAACUGAGAAAGGAAAACACGGUAGCUUUCUGGUACGAGAGAGCCAGAGCCACCCCGGAGAUUUUGUUCUGUCUGUCCGAACUGGUGACGACAAAGGGGAGAGCAAUGAUGGCAAGUCUAAAGUGACCCACGUCAUGAUCCGCUGUCAGGAACUGAAAUAUGAUGUUGGUGGAGGAGAACGGUUUGACUCUUUGACAGAUCUUGUGGAGCAUUACAAGAAGAAUCCCAUGGUGGAAACAUUGGGCACAGUACUACAACUCAAGCAGCCCCUCAACACAACACGUAUCAAUGCUGCUGAAAUAGAAAGCCGGGUUCGAGAACUAAGCAAAUUAGCUGAGACCACAGAUAAAGUCAAACAAGGCUUUUGGGAAGAAUUUGAGACACUACAACAACAGGAGUGCAAACUUCUCUACAGCCGAAAAGAGGGUCAGAGGCAAGAAAAUAAGAACAAAAAUAGAUAUAAAAACAUCCUGCCCUUUGAUCAUACCAGGGUUGUCCUACACGAUGGUGAUCCCAAUGAGCCUGUUUCAGAUUACAUCAAUGCAAAUAUUAUCAUGCCUGAGUUUGAAACCAAAUGCAACAAUUCAAAGCCCAAAAAAAGUUACAUCGCCACACAAGGCUGCCUGCAGAACACGGUGAACGACUUUUGGCGGAUGGUAUUUCAGGAGAACUCCCGAGUGAUUGUCAUGACAACGAAGGAGGUGGAGAGAGGAAAGAGUAAAUGUGUCAAAUACUGGCCUGACGAGUAUGCUCUAAAAGAAUAUGGGGUCAUGCGUGUUAGGAACGUCAAAGAAAGUGCUGCUCAUGACUAUACAUUAAGAGAACUUAAACUUUCAAAAGUUGGACAAGCUCUACUCCAGGGGAAUACAGAGAGAACCGUGUGGCAAUACCACUUUCGGACCUGGCCGGACCACGGAGUGCCCAGUGACCCUGGGGGCGUGCUGGACUUCCUGGAGGAGGUCCACCAUAAGCAAGAGAGCAUUAUGGACGCAGGGCCUGUGGUAGUUCACUGCAGUGCUGGAAUCGGCAGGACAGGGACGUUCAUUGUGAUUGAUAUCCUUAUUGACAUCAUCAGAGAGAAAGGCGUCGACUGUGACAUCGAUGUUCCCAAAACCAUUCAGAUGGUGCGGUCUCAGAGGUCAGGGAUGGUCCAGACAGAAGCACAGUACCGAUUCAUCUAUAUGGCCGUCCAGCAUUACAUUGAAACACUACAGCGCAGGAUUGAAGAAGAGCAGAAAAGCAAGAGGAAAGGGCAUGAAUACACAAAUAUUAAGUAUUCUCUAACGGACCAGACAAGUGGAGAUCAGAGUCCCCUCCCGCCUUGUACCCCAACACCAUCUUGUGCAGAAAUGAGAGAAGAUAAUGCUAGAGUCUAUGAAAACGUGGGUCUGAUGCAGCCGCAGAAAAGUUUCAGAUGAGAACACCCACCAGGACGUCAGCACAGACCUAGAUGUGGACCUUUACCCUCUCCCUAAAAAGAUCAAGACCAGACGCAAGAAAGUAUGUGUGAAGAAUGAUUUGAAUUUGGAAGGCUUGUGUUGUGGUUGACUACCUUUGGAUAAGCAAAACUCGAAACCAUUUAAAGACCACUGUAUUCUAACUCAACAAUACCUGAUUACCAAUUACUCAUUUCCUCAGAUAAGAAGAAAUCGUCUCUACAAUGUAGACAGUGUUAUAUUUCAUAGAAUUUUAUUUUAAAUUGAGGAAGCAGUUAAUUGUGCUCUUGUGUUUUACAGAUGACAGUGAUUCAAAUUCUACUUAUUGGCAUUUUCUUCUCUUUUUAUAACCUUAAAAAUUCAAUUAUUUUUCUCUUUGUGAGGGAUGACAGGGCACUUAUAAGAGGAAAAACGUUUUGGGAAGGGUGACAACAUCCCGUGGGAGUGAGAACAGUUUCAUUUAUCAUUGCUUAUCCAGUAGUGGAAAAGUCAUUUGAUGGCCUCUUUUUUUGGCUAAAUGAUCAUUAAGCCAGUGGCCCCGGACUGUCAGAAGUCGACUCUCUACCUUUGCAUUGCCAUUAAAAAAUCAUGGGAAAAAAGAAUCAUGGAAACUUGGGAGAAAAGGUGUGUUUUCUUCUUAGCGGAUCGCCAGUCACCAUUCAGCCUGUUGGCUGAGAAGGAGGUGGUGGGAAAAUGUUUGUCAUGUUUUCUUUUCAUUUGAGUCAUCGUCUUGUAUUUAGAAAAAGCGCAUCUGUGGAUAACCAACCAGUGUCGUGGUUAUCGAUUGUUGGUGACAAACCACCCCAAAAUGCAGUGGCUGAAACCAUACUUCUUUUGUUUGCCUCCUCCCUGUUCUUCUUCAGUCUGGGCUGGGCUCAGCUGAGCUGUUCCUGUCCUCUCGCUGGUGUUGCCCGUGUGGUCAGCUGGUCGCCCAAAGACACUGGGGUGGCUGGGCUGCUUUCUGCAGGUCCCCAGGCCUCUCCUCCAUGCGAUGGUUCCAAGGGUCCCCGCCGGCAGGGUAGCUGGACCGCUUACAUGGCAGCUCAGAGCUCCCGAGGGUAUCAAGCAGCAAUGGCCAGGCCUUCUUAAGACUUAAACCCAGAACUUCUGCUGCCCUCUAUUGAUUAGAGCAUCACAGGCCCAGCCCAGAUUCAGGAAGGGGGGAUGGCACGAGCGCAUGAAGCAGAGGUGUGAUUCAUGGGGGGCCCCCCAGAGUAAUAGGCUGUCAGAACCAGUGUCACAGGAAAACAGCAGUUGUUAGCAAAAGUAGAAGCUGCUGGUGACGUUGGGAAAUGGAAGCUGCUUCCAAUAGCUGGUGUAAGCUGGAAGUCAAACUGAGAAAUAGAGGGCCUUCUAGAAGCUUCCUGAACCACUUCUGCUGGCUCUGAGCAUAUUUUCUGAGCCAUCACUUGGGGAAACUGGUCUCGUAAGGAUGGAUGUGUUGAGGGGGCAGAGCAUCUGAAAGCAGAACUACCCUGUCCCGGGGCCCCCCGCAGAGGGCAGUGCUUCCUCCCUGCCCGUGGUUUCAGGCAGGCUGCAGCCCAGAGGGGGUGCUCCUCAUGAGGCCUUGCCUCAGACUGAAUUAGCAGUAGUUCAUUUUGGUUCUAAUCAAGCAGUAAGAUUUGCUACCGUUCUACCUGAAGUGCCUUCUCCAAAGACAUCCUCUUUGCCCUGUGUGUGGAAUCAGCCUUCAGUGAGUAUGUUUCAGUGGAAGUGUCAUUGGUUGACUUUGUAAAGAUAAUAAAAUGCCACGGUGACUUGGCCAUAAGGUUACGGUCUCCUCACGCAGAUUCUUCUGACUUUGGCUCCCGAUCCAGCCCCGGUAGUACUUCUGUUCUGAGGUCUUUACCUCCCGUGAAAACUUGAGGUAGUUUGGGGACUGCCUUCGCUGCCAUUUUCACAGAUAAAAUGCACAUUGACCCCCCCCCUCCAUUGAGCCUAGAAUGGCUUUAGAACGCAGGUGUGGCCCAGAGGUAAUUACCUUCUAAGGGGAAUGUCAAUAACUGCUGUCUUCUUGUCAAGCUUGUAAAGAAAGAGAUUCCAGUUCAGUAUGUGCAACAACGAUCUUGAGUCCUGUUCUUUUUAUUGCAUUGUCACAUUGAAAUUUUCUAGUUUGCCUUGAUUUUGUGGUACAGUUGAGACUCUGGACUUUGGGGGCCAAGUCUUUCACCAGCAUACAAGGGUUUGGUUGUACAAAUAUAUGUGCUGCAUUAACAUCUCUGCCUGUAGCUUAAGAUCAAGUUGUUUUGUGCUUGGAACAGAAACGCCUGAUCUCGGCUAGCUUUGUUUGUUACAGGACAUUGAUUUCAUUUAGAUUUCCCUCCACGAAGUCAGCAAACUAUCAUGUUAUGUAAACUUCUGCCAAGACAAGAUUGUAGUAGUCCCGAGGUUGUUGAGGUUUGUCGUGUGUCUGGUGAAAAGGGGAUUGCAGGUUCUCAGAUGAGAUUGCUCUCCCCGAGUUGGAGUCAGGGAGAGAGGCCAUGAAGAUGUGGGGAGCUGGAGGUGCAGGUGUUAAAAAGUAGUGGAAAUGAAAGUUCGAAAGAGGUGGUUUGUGAGGAGGUCAGAGGGCGCGGGGCCAGCGCAGUCAGAACUUGAGUAGGUUGAAUCAGGUUACCUGGCAAGUAGGUGUGAUAGAUACAGGGAUGCAGGCUGCUCCCGGGUUGCUGGUAGACAUUAAAUUUGCACAAUAUCCUGUAGCUGGUUGAGUAUUUUAAAAUGAUAAGCAUAGGGUUUUAUAUUUGGGGUGAAGAAAUUAUCUGACACAUGGUAUUGGGGUUUUUUUAAAACAAAUUUCAGAGUCUUAAGAGCUUUUUUUUAAAAAUAAAUAAAUAAAUAAAAAAGACACCUCACCUCCAGUGUGUGACCCUCCUGAAAAUCACGGACCUCUCUCCCAUUGAAUCAGUGACUUUUCAGAUGCGGCUAAAUGGGGAUGAGAAAACUGCCAUAUGACUUUCUUGGUGUUUGUACUUUCUUUAUGGAGCCUAGUUGCUUUGGAACAGCCAAGAAGAUUAUCAAGAUUAUUUUUAGGGUCUGAAGAACUAAUAUGACAUCCUGGGUUAUUUCUAGUUUGGGGGGAAUGUGGAAAGAGUAUGCAAUUGUGAAGUGUUUUGUUGUAGCUUAUUAAUCCAUAAGGGGAACUUAGACUGUAGACAUAAGGACACACCCAGUACAGUUUCUGUUUUCUGUAUGUUGUUGGGGCAAUAAAGUUUUAUAUAGCAAGCACAUGGCCUCCCUGAUUUCAAGAUGCCUUUAUUAGGAUCUGUAUUAGCCCUUAAUGUUGUUGAAACCUUUCUCCCUCUUCCUCUUGAAAAAUAAGUUCCAAAAUACAGUUUAUUGUAUCUUCCAUCAUUGAAAAGUUUGUUCUUUUUUCACUAUGGGCAGUUCACACAAGGCAAAAAUAUUAAACAGUUGGUUUUAGUGUGUUGUAUAACUUUACUGUAUAUCAAACUAAUUUCUACAAGUUUUCAUCCUAAACCUCAAAUCAUGUAAUUAAUAAUUUGCCUGUUUAUUUAUGACAUAAUUGUGAUUCUUUUAUUAAUAAAAGCUAACGGAAAAGGAUCCUUUAUUAAGCUGAUGACUAGACCUACAUUUAAUUUUCCUGCAUUAUAUGAAGUAUUGUACCAGAGUAUUAAAAGAUAUGUAAUAUUUUAUUGAUAAAUCUAUCCUUUAAAAGGAAUACAUUUUAGGAUGUCAUCAUUUUGAUGUGAAUCAUGUAAAUGUUGAUAAUAUGCACUGUUUAUUAUACAUUUAGUGUUUCAAGACAUUCACUUCAUUGCCUUUUUGCCCACGUAUUAUGUAGUCUGUUUGCAAUUGUUUUUAAAAAAUGACAUGAAAAGAAUAGUUUAUGUAGAGAAACAUUAGUGGAUGUUAAUGGUCUCCCCACCUGUAUUUAUGGGUGUUAGUUCAACUGCGUUGCUGGUUGCAAAGCCGUAUUAUCAGAGUAAACGUGUAUUUGUAAACUGUAUGGGAACUAAGAAUUAGGAAUAAAACCAUUUUCUUAUA